UCACACUAAGUCGAAUAAAGAAGAGGAAAACUUCAAAAUAAACCGCCAUUUUGCGAAGGACGAGGAACAAGGACAAGAGAUCAUGGAUCGCGCAGCUACCUGGAAGGCGGAGGAGAAGGAGCACAGCGAGAAACUGUACAGAAAGCUCCAGGGCUUAGCCCUGGUCCACCCAGCUUCCGACGAGCUGCGCAAACUGCUCGCGUGGGACAUGUUCCUCAAGCCCAACCAGUUGGCAUUCUUUCACGUGAUGCACUACCUCUUUCGCCUGCUGGACCCCGCUGAGUUCAAGCGCCGCUUCUUCUGGCCCAUCACUGACAAGAAGGCCGAGGCGAACUUCCGCGCAAGCACGGUGGAGUACCUGAAGCACCUGAAAGAGAAGCACCAGCUGCAGUGGUGGCCCAACAUUCAGUCCUACCUGGUGGUGAUGCCUGGCGGCAUGCGAUUCAUCAAUUUCCUGCUCGAGCUGGUCAGCUUUGUGAUCCAAGAGCAGAUCAAGCUGCGCGAGAAGGCGCUCGCCCAGGACGCGCCCACUAUGCCGCCCAAGAGUGCCAAAGUAAUGGCUCGUCAGAACGCUUUGAUGAAGGAGUAUGCCUCGGCGUACCUGACGGAUUUAGAAGAGAACAUGUCCCUAUUGCGGCACAAUAUCCAGAAAAUCCGUGGCUUCACUGCUGACAUAUCUGCGGAGGUCGGUGUGCCCGAGGCACAACUCUUAGAUGAAGGCUUCCUGGACGAAUGCGAGGCCACCAAUAGCCGUCGCCUAGAGCAGAUAGUGAACCAACCCGCCAAGUGGGCGGCGGCAGAGCUAGAGGCUCUCUGUGGUGUGAAGGAGGACAUUGAACACUUUCAGUCCAAGCAGGCGGAGCACAACAAGAGCCAGGAGCAGGUGGAGCAGACGCUACGCGGCACGCGAGGAUUACUAGACAGGGAAGCCUUUGGAGGAGGAGACUUCUUCCAUCAACCGGGCGGCUCAAAGGUUGAGGCCCUUAUAGACGCAUUUAAUCGCAUAAGCGGGUCCAUGGCCGAACAACUGGAUGCCCACGACCACUGCAACGAGUCCAAUGCGUUCGUCUCCAAGGAUCUUCAGGCGUUGCAUGAGGAAGUCUCCCAGAUCGAGGGACAACUCAGCCAUGUGCAGAAAGAUCUGAUUACGCGGCUCGGCAUCUUGAAACAAAAGGCCGAAUCAAGUCAGGGGAACCAAGGAAGCCGGCCGCCACUUACGCCUCACUUCGAUAGUCGCCCCCAAAGCAUCGGUAUGAAGUUUAUAUCAACGCCGCCCAUCCGGAUCGAUUUGGCUACCGGCACUGGACGCAGCGCUCCAGUGCGCCUGGCUCUUCAGGGCGACUUUAAUACCAAGCAGUACGAGACAACAUUCAACAGCAGUUUGUUGGCUCCUGCUCCUCCUCGUUCAGCCCGAAAACCAAAGGAUCCUGAUCUGUCCACGGCUGGAAACGAUCUUAAUAGUACAAUGAACCGAUCCAAGAUCAAUGAUCCCCUGCAGAUGCUGCGUACCAUUCAAAAGAAUGCAACGAAGCCCAGAGCGGCGCCACAACCAAAUCUUUCCGCCUUGGGCAGCAAGUGGAAAGAGUUGCAGGCCUCGUUUGGCUUCAAUGAGGAGGCCUCACCAUCUCUGGCCAUCUCACCAGAGACUGUAUCGCCGGCGACAGACGUCAGUGAGUGCACGCGCAUUGAACGCAUUGCUCGAAACUCCGAGACCAACAGUUCAUUGGUUGCAAAGAACGCAGCGGUGAUGAAGGUACUAAAUGCCUCAAGAAAUACGCAUAAUCAUAGCACUUCGCCUUCGGGAAGACUGGAUGCAUUGGUAACUGGUCCUACUGAGGGAAUUCCACGAAUGUCUCCUCGCAUACUUCUCAACGACGUAACCAUUGAUGGUCCACAGUCCCUUGACGCCGAAUUAAACUCGGAGAAUAACAUGAAUUUCCUAAAUAUGUCCCGCAAAUUCGAUUUUGAUCAAGGCGACGAGGAUGAUCUGCAAAAUAUCAGCGAUAGUGUGCUCCGAGACAUCGAAAUGUAGCCCAAGGCACCUGGAGGGAGCGAGCAGUAAGCCAGUAUUUAUUGUGUAUUUUUAUUGCUUGAUAAUUUAGAAUUUUUAAAAUGAAAUUAAACUGAAUCUUUAAACAAACGA